AUGAAUAGAAGCGCAAGAAUUCAACAUAUGAAAAUUUACUAUCAUAAAAAUAAAGAAACGAUAAUGAAAAGAAAGAAAAUAUAUAACCAAAAUAAUAAGGAAAAGUGGAAUAAAUACAUGCGAGAAUACCGACAAAGAAAGAAAAGUCAAUCUGAUAAUAAUGAAGGAACUUCAUUUGUUAAUCCGCAGACUGGUGAUUUUAUUAAUAAAGGUAAAUUACCAAUUGUUUGUCAGGAGGAAGGAAAUCUUUUUAAUCAAGGGGAAGAUGAAUGCAAUAAAGGCGAGAAUGAGCAAAAUCAAAUCGAGGUAGAUGAGGCAAAUAAAAUUCUUGAAGAGAACACAAAUGACCUAGAUGAUCUAGAUGCGAACAAGAAAAUUCAUUCUUUUGAUCUGAACGAGAUACCAUUUGAUUUGAACGAGAUGCCCGAGGAUAAAGAAAUGGAAAAUUAUUAA